CUCAUCUCUUCACCCGCUUACAAAAAGUCUUUCGUUUAUUCAUUCUUUCCAGCUUUUGGUUUUCACUUCUAUUCUCUUCAACAAUCGUUCCUGGAGAAACGAUCUCGGCCGGUCCUUUUUGAAAUUGUAUAACUUGAAAUUAACGUCGACACUCACUUACCGUAACGACAUUACGUCUUUCGAGCGAUAUUAGCAAGAAUGAAGCAACAAAUCCUUUACACCCUUCCCCUCCUCCUUGGUGCUGUGGCCGCUCGCCCAGCGAAGUUCACUGUCCGUGAGGUACCGCAAGAACAUGCUCAUCAAAACAUCUUGGAUGUGGUCGACCAACUCUUGACUUUGGACAACCCCGACAACAUCCAGUCGUCUGUCUUUGGCCUGCUUGGUGCCAAAGCCGCCGCCGAGGGAGCUGGUAACAUCGCCGAUGCAGAUUGCCUUCAGCAAGCUACUGCUGACCAAGCAUUCACCAAUGCUAAAGCGGCAGGCGAUAUCGCUGGCAUGACUGCUGCCAUCAUCUUCCGGGGGUUGGAACGCAACAGUGGUUCCGUUGGCCUAGCCUCGGUGCCAUGUACAUCGAUCCAGGCCGUCAACGUCGAGAUCGCUGCCAUCCAACAGCAUCAGGACCCUGCCGGUGAAGGGGCCCAGGCACUUAACAAGGAGAUUACUCUUGAGAUUGCCCGUCAGAUCGCCUCGAUUGGAGGUGACCCACUCCAGGCUCUUGAAGCUAGUACUUUCGCCCCUGGCGAGAUUGGUGACCCAACGGCAAAGGGUAACACCUGCGACGUGGCAGACGACAAGGCUGGGUGCAUCAACUCUCAAAAUCUCCGCGUGGAUGAUGCUUCCGAAGCUGAAAUUUUGGCGGCUGUCUCUGGAGCUGGAGCCGGAGUUGGUGCAGGAGCUGUAGCAAAUGAGACUGCUGGUGCUGGUAAUGCGGCUCAGGCCGGUGAGGCUGCUGGCGCAGCUGCUGGAGCUGCCGCGGGAGCUGCCGCUGGCGCUGGAGCUUUUGGCGACUGUGCGGAUCCGACCAUCACUUUCGGCAUUCCAUCUGAUGGUCGCAAGGAGGAAGCUGCCCUGAACAUCAAGGUAAUCUCCGAGUUCAUCUGCGAUCAGCUCGUCAACAAAUGCAAGGCCGAUCAGUCUGCAGUGGACACCUGCGACCAGGCCUCUGCUGCUUCGGCGGGUUUGAAAGGCCAGGCUGCGGCGGAUGCUUUCAACUCCGCCCUGGGUUUCUAG